AUGUCAGCAAUGAAGUGCGUCGUCUUCGAUGGGCCGAAGCAGAUAUCAGUACAGAACAGACCAGUCCCCACGGUCAGGGAUGCCAAAGACGUCAUCGUAAAGGUCCGGUACACGGCUCUGUGCGGCAGCGAACUUCAUGUCUUCCGAGGCCAUCAACCAUCUGCACCAGGGUUUAUCAUGGGCCAUGAAUUCUCUGGGACGGUACACGAGGUUGGUUCGGACGUGAAGAACCUCAAGGUCGGCGACAAAAUUGUCAGCCCUUUUACCGUCAGCUGCGGAGAGUGCUUUUAUUGCUCCCGAGGAUUUUCGUCCCGUUGCAAAGAGUGCCUCCUUUUUGGCUGCCCCCUGCUUGACGGCGCGCAGGCUGAGUACGUGAGGGUCCCCUGGGCGGACUCAACGGUUGUCAAAGCUCCCCCCGGUAUCGACGAGCUCAAACUUUGCCUCAUGGCCGACAUCUUUCCCACAGGGUUUUUUGCUGCUGAAAACGCAUUGGCGUCGCAGAGCUUUGCCGAAGAGGCGGUGGUUGUCUUGAUAGGCUGCGGUCCAGUUGGUCUAUGCGCCCUCAUUGCGGCCUUGGAGUAUAAGCCCAAGGCCCUGCUCGCAGUCGAUGGUGUGCCUUCAAGACUGGAAAAAGCGAAGGAACUUGGGGCCGAACCUUGGAAUUAUCUGACACAGGCAGAAGAGCUCGAAGCAAGGGUCAAGGAACUGACCGAAGGUCGAGGUGCGGACAUCGUCAUCGAGGUGGUAGGCCACAGCUCUGCGUUGGAUACAGGCUUCAAGCUUCUAAGGCCUUGGGGAACAAUUUCAAGCGUGGGUGUCCACAAUGGAGAGAUCCCAUGGACGGGAAACCAAGCAUAUGGCAAGAAUCUUACGGUGAAGAUGGGCAGAUGUCCAGUUCGAAGCAUGUUCCCUCGCGCACUAGCUCUUCUCGAGAAGAAGCAACCACUUCUGGACUUCAUGACUGACACUAUCAUGCCUCUCAGCGAUGCCGUCAAAGGGUACGAGAUCUUCGACAGCAUGAAGUCCCUGAAGGUCAUAUUUGAUGCCGAGAAAUGA